UGGUUUAGUUUCGUAUUUACAAACGUGUUUAAAGAAGGAACAGGUUCAAAGAAACCUUAAAGACACACACAAUCCCAUACGCAUUUAGCAACGGCUAUUUCUAUUAGGCGAGAGAGACAAGAAGACAGAAAUGGCGCUGAUGACUCUUCAUCUGACACCGCAUCUCAAUGGGUUCCAUGUGCUUAAUCCACAAAGUCCGAGACUUUCAUCACCAUCUCGAGUCUCUGUGUCGCUACAUUCGAUUUCACAUCGAACCCAGUUCCAAAGUUUGGUUGUUUGUGCAAGAAAGAGGAAAAAAAGAGUCGGGUAUCAACGAAUCGCAGGGUUUCUGUUCAAGUCACUGUCGUUAUUAUCCCCUAAUCUCCAGAUCUUACCGCAGCCGUUGGAUCUUGUCAUUGCUGAUCUGGGUGGCGUAGAUGGUGGAGGAGGAGGAGGAGGAGGAGGGCUACGGUUUUGGAGAGGAUGGGGAAGAUUUGAUGGAUGGAGAAGGAAACGGAACAGAGUACCAAUUUUGCUUUUCGUUUGUGUAAUUCUAUGGAUUUGUGGUUUCUGCAAAAUCUCGGGGAAAGAGAUCAAGAGUGACAAGGUUUUGAAGGUGCUAGGGCUUUGCUUGUUUGGUGUAACUAUGGUGAAAGAUUUGAAGAGGGAGGCUAGAUAUUUGGUCUUUGGGUUUCUCUGUUUCAGCGCUUCACUGGGUUUUGGAUACAAGAAAGAGAAUUUUGUGAAAUUAGCUUCGGGAAUUAGGUCUUGUUCUUCAGUUCUUUUCAAAAGGAGAAGUCGUAAAAGAAUUUAAUAUGAAAAGAAGACUAUU